AGCCUGCAAAUUUUUAAUAAACCGUUAAUUAACCUCCAAAACCUUUUCUAAUCACACCACGAAAACCGAAAAGGGUUGUUAUCCACACUUGAACCAGAAAGAGAUUAAAACUUACAUGUCAGGAACAAGAACAUUCCUAACUUUCAGCAAAGAAUCUUAAUCCCAGCCGAAAAUCUAAAUAUCGGAUAAGGUUUAGCCCUAGAUUAGCGCACAAGGUAAGAAUGUGAGUUACUGAAAGAGUCUGCAAGGCAGAAUUCUAGAGAGCUGCGACUCCGAUGGCUUCCUCGGCUGUCCCUAUCAGAACUAACCGCAGUAGCUAAUCUUCCUUUCUUUUCAAACCCUAGCAGAAACCGAAAGUUACCACAUUUUCUUCCUUUCUUUCCAAAUUUAAUUAUUGGAAUAAUCCCAUUAAUUUAAUCGUUGUUUAUUAUAUAAACCCACAUCACAUUUCCCCAGAUUUGCAGCUUCCUAGGUUCUUUUUGUUAUCGUUCCACAAUGCUUCUUCCUACCACCUGCAUUCUCUUAAUUUGUUUCUUUCUCUCUCCUCUCUGUAAAGCUUCUUACUCCUUCAACCUCUCCCUCCCUCACCAGCACCCAGACCCUGAUGCAGUUGCUCAUGAAGUUCAAAGGAGAGUCAAUGCGUCUGUUUCCAGGCGCCAAAUGCUGUCCAUUGACGUCAAGGACCAAAGCCAGUGCCUUGUCGGCAACCCAAUCGACGAUUGCUGGCGCUGCGAGGACUGGAGCAACAACCGCCAAAAGCUCGCCGAUUGCGGCAUCGGGUUCGGCAUGGACGCCAUGGGAGGUAAGGGGGGCCUGAUCUACAUAGUCACCGACUCGUCGGAUUCCAACCCGGCCGACCCAACUCCGGGCACGCUCCGCCACGCCGUCAUUCAAACCGAGCCCCUCUGGAUCAUCUUCUCUGCUGACAUGACCAUCAAGCUCAAAUGCGAGCUUAUCGUCAACAGCUUCAAGACCAUCGACGGCCGCGGCUACAGCGUUCACGUCACCGGUGGCGGAUGCAUAACCCUCCAGUACGUCUCCAACAUCAUUAUCCACAACAUCCACGUCCACCACUGCAAGCCCGCCGGCAACACCAACGUCGCCUCCAGCCCCACCCACGUCGGCUGGCGCGGCGAGUCGGACGGCGACGGCAUCUCCCUCUUCAGUGCUCACAAAAUCUGGAUCGACCACUGCUCCCUCUCGUUCUGCGCUGACGGAUUAAUCGACGCCAUCAUGGGGUCGACCGGAAUCACGAUUUCCAACAACUACUUCGCCCACCAUGACGAGGUGAUGCUGUUGGGCCACAACGACAAGUACUUGCCGGACUCCGGGAUGCAGGUGACGAUAGCGUUUAACCACUUCGGUGUGGCGCUGGUGCAGCGUAUGCCGCGGUGCAGACGCGGGUACAUCCACGUGGUGAACAACGACUUCACGCGGUGGGAAAUGUAUGCUAUCGGCGGUAGCGCUAACCCCACCAUCAACAGCCAGGGGAACCGGUACACUGCUCCUCAGGACACGAACGCCAAGGAGGUGACAAAGCGCGUGGACACGAACGAGGGGGAUUGGUCCGACUGGAACUGGAGGACGGAGGGGGACAUAAUGGUAAAUGGCGCGUUUUUCGUACCGUCAGGCGCGGGAAUGAGCGCUCAGUACGCCAAGGCCUCAAGCAUCGAGCCCAAGUCCGUGACUCUCAUUGAACAAAUCACGGCCAACGCCGGUGUCUUUGGUGACCCAAGGGAGGAGAGCAGUCGCGUAACGAGCCCCGACGACGGGCCCAUCACCGACGGCGGCAGCACCGGCAGUGGCAGCGGAGGAUCCAACGGCCACGGCAACGGCAAUGGCGAUGACUAUUUUGGAUUGAUAUUUGGGAACGGUGCUCGACCAAGCCCAAACACAAUAUUCUUGUCUAUUUCAAUUAUUUUUAUUUUGUACUUUACCACCAACCAUGGUGGUGCUCUAUUAUCUUUACCAUUAUUAUUAACAUUAUUAUAGGAUUUAAAGAAAAUAUAAUCAUAAUAAGAUAAAGAAAAAAAGGGGAAGAAAAGAUUUCUCAAAUUGAUUGA